GAUGAUUUUAUUCAACCGAGUGAGUUAUUUUGUUUCCUUGUUUGCUACAGUUUCCUGCGUGUGUCUGACUCAACUAUAUAAGAACACCUUCUUCAGAGGUGGGGAUCUAGCUGCCAUCUACACCCCAGAUGCCCAGCACUGUCAGAAGAUGUGCACAUUUCACCCCAGGUGCCUGCUGUUCAGCUUUCUUGCUGUGACUCCACCCAAAGAGACAGAUAAAAGGUUUGGUUGCUUCAUGAAAGAGAGCAUUACAGGGACUUUGCCAAGACUACACCGGACAGGGGCCAUUUCUGGUCAUUCUUUGAAGCAGUGUGGCAGCCACAUAAGUGCUUGCCACCGAGACAUAUACGAAGGACUUGAUAUGAGAGGGUCCAACUUUAAUAUAUCCAAGACCGACAAUAUUGAGGAAUGCCAGAAACUGUGCACAAAUAAUAUUCACUGUCAAUUUUUCACAUAUGCUACAGAUGCAUUUCAUACACCAGAGUACCGGAAGAACUGCCUGCUGAAGCAUAGUUCAAGUGGAACACCCACCGGCAUAAAGUCAGUGAACAACCUGGUGUCCGGAUUCUCACUGAAGUCCUGUGCGCUGUCAGAGAUGGGUUGCCCCAUGGAUAUUUUCCAGCACUUUGCCUUUCCAGACCUGAAUAUAAGCCAGGUCGUCACCCCAGAUGCCUUUGUGUGCCGCACCAUCUGCACCUUCCAUCCCAACUGCCUUUUCUUCACGUUCUACACGAGUGAAUGGCAGACAGAAUCAGAGAGAAAUGUUUGUUUUCUUAAGACAUCAAAAAGUGGAAGACCAAGUCCCCCUAUUCCUCAAGAAAAUGCUGUAUCUGGAUACAGUCUCCUUACCUGCAGAAAAGCUCGCCCUGAACCCUGCCAUUCCAAACUUUACUCUGGAGUUGACUUUGAAGGGGAAGAACUGAAUGUGACCUUUGUGCAAGGAGUGGAUGUAUGCCAAGAGACUUGUACAAAGACAAUCCGCUGUCAGUUUUUUACUUACUCGUUACUCCCUCAAGACUGCAAGGAGGAGGGAUGUAAAUGUUCAUUAAGGUUAUCCAGGGAUGGCUCUCCAACUAAAAUCACCUACGGGAUACAGGGGAGCUCUGGUUAUUCUCUGAGAUUGUGUAAAGUUGUGGACAGCUCUGACUGUACAACAAAAAUAAAUGCACGAAUUGUGGGAGGAACAAACUCUUCUUUAGGGGAGUGGCCAUGGCAGGUCAGCCUGCAAGUGAAGCUGGUAUCUCAGAACCAUUUAUGUGGUGGGUCCAUCAUUGGACGCCAAUGGAUACUGACGGCUGCCCAUUGCUUUGAUGGGAUUCCCUAUCCAGAUGUGUGGCGUAUAUAUGGCGGCAUUCUUAAUUUGUCCGAGAUUACGAAAGAAACUCCUUCCUCAAGAAUAAAGGAGCUUAUUAUUCAUCAGAAAUACAAAAUCUCAGAAGGCGGUUAUGAUAUUGCCUUAUUAAAGCUUCAGACACCCCUGAAUUAUACUGAAUUCCAAAAGCCAAUAUGCCUGCCUUCUAAAGCUGACACAAAUACAAUUUAUACCAACUGCUGGGUGACUGGAUGGGGCUAUACGAAGGAACGAGGUGAAACCCAAAAUAUUCUACAAAAGGCAACUAUUCCUUUGGUACCAAAUGAAGAAUGCCAGAAAAAAUACAGAGAUUAUGUUAUAACCAAGCAGAUGAUCUGUGCUGGCUACAAAGAAGGUGGAACAGACGCUUGUAAGGGAGAUUCCGGUGGCCCCUUAGUCUGUAAACACAGUGGAAGGUGGCAGUUGGUGGGUAUCACCAGCUGGGGCGAAGGCUGUGCCCGCAGGGAGCAACCAGGAGUCUACACCAAAGUUGCUGAGUACAUGGACUGGAUAUUGGAGAAGACACAGAGCAGCGACGAGACUUCUCCAGCAUGAGGAGGUUGGGUACUGAGAAGAGCCCAGCUUUACCACCUGCCCUCAAGUCAAACUAGAGUUCCAGAAGUCUCGUCUGCAAAAUGUUGAUAAUGGUGUCUACCUCACAUCCUUAUCAUAGGAUUAAAAAUCCAAAUGUAGAUGCAGUUGCUGAAGACAGCACCUUGCUCAAGUGUGUUUCCUGUCUUGAGUAACAGGAGCUCCAAUGGGAAUUAUCCAACAAUCACCAAGCUUGUUAGAAAAUAAAAUGGUCAAAGGGUUUUUAUUAGGUAGUAAAAUGUCUAGACGUGAAGCAGUUGAAAACAUGAUUCAGAGCACAGUCCUUGGGACCAUUCUCAUGGAACGGUUGACUCCGGACCUCAGCAGACCUCAGAGCUCCUUAUCUUCUGACCACUUCUGACAUUUGUAUAUUAGAACCUGAUGCUAUACUUUCAUGUGGAGCAAA